GACGGGGCGGGGCGGGCGGCAGUCGGGAGCGAGGCGCCGCGCAGGGAGCAGGAGCCGCCCGCCAGCACCGCACCGGCCUCCCCGCCCCGCACGGCCCGGCCCGGCACGCACCGGGACCCGCAGCCCAGCGAGCUCCGCGCCCCCAGCCAUGAGCGGCUGCCGCGUCUUCAUCGGGAGGCUGAACCCCGCCGCCAGGGAGAAGGACGUGGAGCGCUUCUUCAAGGGCUACGGCCGCAUCCGGGACAUCGACCUCAAGAGGGGCUUCGGCUUCGUGGAAUUUGAGGAUCCCAGGGAUGCGGAUGACGCUGUCUAUGAACUGGAUGGAAAAGAGCUUUGCAGUGAGAGGGUUACAAUUGAGCAUGCGAGAGCACGCUCUAGGGGUGGUAGAGGCAGAGGGCGGUACUCUGACCGUUUCAGUAGCCGCCGUCCACGUAGUGACAGGAGCAGAAGUGCCCCACCUGUAAGAACAGAAAAUCGUCUCAUAGUAGAAAAUCUGUCAUCCCGAGUCAGCUGGCAGGAUCUCAAAGACUUCAUGAGACAAGCUGGGGAAGUAACCUUUGCAGAUGCACACAGACCUAAGUUAAAUGAAGGGGUGGUUGAAUUCGCCUCUUACAGUGACUUAAAGAAUGCUAUUGAAAAGCUUUCUGGUAAAGAAAUUAAUGGAAGGAAAAUCAAACUAAUUGAAGGCAGCAAAAGACACAGUAGGUCCAGAAGCAGGUCACGGUCUCGUAGCAGAAGCUCAUCCAGGUCUCGUAGCCGUUCCCGUUCCCGAAGCCGCAAGUCUUACAGCAGGUCGAGGAGUAGGAGCCGUAGCAAGUCUCGAUCAAUUAGUAGAUCUCCAAUGCCAGAGAAGAGCCAGAAACGUGGCUCUUCCAGUAGGUCUAAAUCCCCAGCAUCUGUGGAUCGGCAGAGGUCUAGGUCGAGGUCCAGAUCUGUUGACAGUGGCAACUGAACUAUAAGUAACUUGCCCUGGGGGCCCUUUUUUAAACCAUACUUGCUAAAAGUUGUGGUAAGUAUGUGACUUUCUGCGGGGAAGGGUUUGGGUGGGGAGGGGAGGGAAGGGAGGGAGGAGGGAUGGGGGAUCUUUGUAGAUGUGGACCAUGGUGGGGAGGGUUAUUGACUAAUUGUAUUAAAUGUUUUUUGAUAACCCUUUUCUUGCUCACAUUUUUUGUGAAUGUCUGAAGUGUAUAGUUUGUGUAUAUUGACAGAGCUCUUUAUAACUAAAGCAGACCACUUUAAAUUUUUUUGUACUCCAAAAAGAGUAACCUAAACACUAAAUUCCCAGUAUAUUCAACUGUGAAUAGCAAUUCAGAAUAUUAGUUUAAUAUAUCAAAUUAAACUAAUAGCUUUAGGCAUCUAAGAGCUCUACAUGUGCUGUACAUAAAGCUUUAUUCCAGAGCGUAUUUUUUUCAUGCUUUAGAACCAUUGUUUCAGCUAGAGGUCAGCAGAUUAAGUGCUGGUCAAUAUUGGUAAUAAAACUUUAUUUUAAAAGCUUUUCAUUUAAUACGACUUGCACUACAGUAAGAAAAUGCCCAUUUCACUGCCCUGUGGUAAUAGUAUUCUAUAAAGCACCCUAAUUCUUGAUACUUGAGAACUAAAUAGCUCAAAUAAAGUAUAAAGAAACAUG